AUGCCGUUCGAAACAGUCCGCACCAUUCUCCGCGAAUACCGCGCGGACACCGACGCCGACAAGCUUCUGGCGAUGUGGAACGACCCCGAGAUUCAGCGCCUGGUCUUCAUCGACUACACCGCGCCCAAACCCAAAUCGAUAGUCGAAGAGGCCGCCAAGGGCUGGCAAAAGCCGAACGGUUCGGGGUACUUUGUCAUCGUCGAGGACAAAAAGGCCGGCGCGUUCCUCGGACAAGUGUCUUUCUCUAUCGUCUUUCCCAAGACACGCGUUGCUGAGGUCGGGUUGUCCCUUGUGAGGGAGACUUGGGGAAAGGGGAUCGGAACUGAGUUGAUGGAGUGGGCCGUGCAGCUUGGGUUUGAGGAGUGGGGAGUGCAUCGGAUACAACUGUCGGUUUCCGAGGAAAACGCGCGGGCUAUUGCUCUGUAUAAACAUCUUGGGUUCACGCAGGAAGGCUUUCGUAGGGACUUCAUCUGGUCAGGUGGGAGGUAUUGGGGACUGGUGCAGAUGUCGAUCCUGGAGACCGAAUGGGACGUAAAGCAAAGAAAGCCCCGGGAAGUUCAUCAGUAG